UCGGCCAGAGUAGUUGUGCAACUUUUGCAGUAUAACAAGAUAAACUCUCUUACAUGCUCUAAUAUAGAGGACUAUCGGGAAAUGCACCACCGUUUUAUCAGAACAGGUUACCUCCCACUUCCUACUUGUUCCCUGUGCUGACCUUUGUAUUUCUGUGUACAGUAGCAUGGAUAUGCAGUGUCACUGAAGAUGAGCCAGGCAGAACAUGGAAGUGGGAAUGAGGAGUCUUUUCAGCCGGCAGACACCAUGAGAGAUUGCAGAUGAUGCUUUGAACUUCUCUCCUGAGCUUCCAAUGGAACUACAAAGGAAGAGCCGAACAGUUCAGCCUGCAGGUCCCCUGGAUGGAGGCUAUGGCUGGUUCAUAGUGCUUUCCACCUUCCUUGUCUUUGGGCUGACGUUCGGAGUAAUCAAGUCCUUCGGUGUGUUCUUCGUAGAAAUCCAACACUACUUUGCAACCACAGCGACUGCAAGCUCAUGGAUCACAUCUAUCUCUGUGGCAACUGUACAUUUUGGGGCCCCCGUAGGCUCUGCACUGAGCGCGUACUUCGGCCAUCGGCCAGUGGUCAUGGCGGGGGGUCUGCUGAGCAGUAUUGGGAUGGUGGCCGGGUCAUAUGCCCAGGAUCUGCUACAGCUGUACAUCACUGUGGGGUUCCUUACAGGAUUUGGCUAUGCCCUGACCUGGACCCCUACUGUGACCAUGCUGGGCUGGUACUUUGAGAAGCGACGGCCAGUGGCCAACGCUCUGGCCAGCACAGGAGAGUGCAUCCUCACCUUCAUCCUCACCCCAUCCUUCCAGUUCAUGGUAGAUCAGUAUUCCUGGAGGGGAGCGAUGCUGAUCCUGGGAGCUCUGCAGCUCAACUUGUGUUUGUGUGGAGCUCUUCUGAGACCCCUCAACAGACUCGUUCCUCCUAAAGAGCUUGAGGAGAAAGAGCACGAGCUGGAGCUGUUAUCUCAACCUCACAUAGACUCUAGAAGUUCAAAUAAUAGGUCAGACUCAAAAAAAUCGGAUGCACUGAAGGUCAAAAUCAUUCGUUACGUGGACUACACUCUUAUCGCUAAUGCUCGCUUCAUGGUCUACUCAAUGUUUGGUGUCUUCGCUGCUCUCGGCUUCUUCGCUCCAUCUCUCUUUCUGGUUCCGUACGCCCGCAGUCAAGGAGUGGAGGAGUACCAGGCGGCCGCUCUCAUGUCCAUCUCUGCGGUGCUGGACCUGUUAGGCAGGGUGUUAUUUGGGUGGGUGGCUAAUCUGCGGCUGGUCAAGACAGUCCAUCAGCUGAUCGUCACAGUGAUUCUGUUGGGCAUUGUUCUGCUGCUCGGCCCUCUUGCAACCACAUUCACCCAGCUAGCGCUGUUCAGUGCGGGUUAUGGACUGGUGUUCGGAGCGACUGUGGCCAUUCACAUCACAGUACUCGCGGAGGUGGUGGGGGUGGAGAGGCUGGGAAGUGCUCUGGGCUUCUUCAUGCUCAUCCGCAGCAGUGGUGGCCUCCUUGGACCACCUUUGGCAGGAAUCUUCAUAGACAAAAUGAGUGACUAUGGAACUGGUUUUCUGAUGGCGGGCGUGGCUCUUCUCGUCUCCGCCCUCUUUCUGCUUGUGUUACAGCAGAUGAACAAAAAAGGGACGGGAAAGGGUAAAGACGUCAACUUGGAGAACGGGAAAGGACAUGAGGAUCUGAAACACAGAAAUUUCAAUUUCAGAAAAAGUUAGUGAAGAGGAGGAGGCUCUAACAUAAUGUGUAAUGUUUCACCACAAAUGCAGUCAUGUAAGCAGAGAUUAUAAUUAGAGAUGACUGUCAAAAGUGAAAGGUGUAAACUGACAACAUGUCCUCAUGCUGCUGACAUGCACUGUCUGUCCAUUCCUGACGGAAACUCUAGUGAACAGACAUUUCCCACCUAAAUGAAGCAUUUGAUGGAUUCUGGGAAGUCUUCUUAGUGUAGUCCUACAGUGAUGCCAUUACAAGCAAUAUUUCAUCAGAUCUAUUGCUCUGGAAAAUGGGCAGUGACUUAAUGGACUAAUGGAGCUCACUCAGUUUAGCUACAGCCAAAGAUGAUCACAUGCAGUCAAGAACAAUAUCUGCUGCAAUUUCUUGUAUGACAUUAAGAAUGUAUUUUAGUCUGUCUGUCCAAAAUUACACAAAUUUAGGUUUGAAACAUUACUUUUUUGUUUGUUUUUUCAAAGUGCCAUCCCCAGGUCUGGAUGUCAUCUAAAUCCCACAGUUCUGAAAACAUUCUCAUUUAUCGCCCUCUAAAGGUGAGAAAAGGGAAAUGCAGGAUGGAUGGCUACAGUGAAACUGUUCUAAAUUCACUUUUUCCUCAUUAUUUAUUUUAUACAUACUAUAAAUAAGCUAUGUUUUUUUUAUGUAUAAACUCAUAUUUGAUUAAAACAGCCUAAUGAACGCUGUUUAUUUUACAUGGAGCAACUGUCACAUCAGUCAGUGCAACAUAAAAGUUACGGAGUGCACAUUUAAGAGAGCAUAAAUCAAGAAAAAGGUAUUAAAGUGCAUUUUGUUUGCAAUAAAAAAAAUCUUACAAUAGCUUGAUCUUAGAUCUGUGGGAGAUAAAUGUCUUUCUGAAGGCAUAGACUAAAAACACAGGCACAUCCUGCUGAAGAAAACCACACGAUAGAUAGUAGUGUCUAGAUCUUUCCUGUUUACACUGUGUGAUGAAACGGUAACCGUUCAAAGCCAAACUAUCUUUAUAAGAUAUCAAAGCAUAUUUCUCAUCUCUGGUCUCUUCACAAUAAUCUGUUCCCAACAUCUGCACUUUGAUGUGUUUUAUGCAUGCUGGUCUGUGUGUAUCACAGAUAAAUGGCUUUUCAA